AUGAGAAUAAAAAUGAAUAGUGGAAUAUUUUUUAUUAAACUUUUAAUAUGUAUCUCAUUCAUUUGUGUAUUCGAAUGUUUUAAUAAGUGUAUGAUAAGUUAUAGGAAGGAUUUAUUAUGGUACUCUGAAAAUUGUUUUAAUUAUUCUAUAGAUAGAUCGUUAGCAGAAGGUUCAAGUGAAUCUAAGGAAACGAAAGUAAAAGAUAUACCUAAUAUAGAAUUAUUAAAAUCAUUAAAUAUAAAUUAUGAAGAAUACGAAAAAAUGAAAGAAAUUGUAGGAUCCUUUAUGGAUAAUAAUAAUCUAAAUAUUGCUAAUGAGGUUUUAAAAAAUAUACAUAGUUUUACAAAUAUAGAAAAUAUAUUUUCUUUAAUAAAUGAUUCUUCUAAAUCACCUGUAUUAAAAACAUUUUUAAAAGAAUUUGGAUCAAUUUUCCCACACAUGUUAAAUAAUGUUCCUAAAUUAUUAUUUGAUUUAUGUCAACGUAAUCCUUUACAUAUUAUCUUAGGGUUAAUUGUUAUUUUAGCUGCUAUUUAUGUUUUUGAAAAUUUCAAAAAUUUUGAAUGUUAA